AUGCAUAUCCAAACGAUUCCUAUGUGGAAGGGGAAGGGCAAUAACUAUGCCUACCUCGUCACGGACGAACCGACGAAGGAAUCUGUCAUUGUCGAUCCGGCUAAUCCACCUGAGGUUGCGCCGGUGUUGAAAUCCCAGAUCGAUGCUGGGAAGAUCAAGCUGCGUGCGAUCAUCAACACCCAUCACCACUGGGAUCAUGCUGGUGGUAACGAUGAGAUUCUCAAACAAUUCGGCAAAUUGGAGGUGAUAGGAGGCAAAGACUGCAAGUCUGUCACCAAGACACCGGCCCACGGUGAGGUGUUCAAGAUUGGCGAGUGUAUCUCCGCAAAGGCGCUUCAUACGCCCUGCCAUACGCAGGACAGCAUUUGCUUCUUCCUCGAGGACGGAGACCAGCGUGUCGUCUUUACUGGUGACACGCUCUUCACUGGAGGAUGUGGACGAUUCUUCGAAGGCGACGCAAAGCAGAUGCACAAAGCCUUGAACGAGACGCUCGCGUCUCUGCCGGACGAUACAAAAGUCUAUGUUCGUGGCACCCUUCCUUCUGCACACAUUGGACAGAGUGGCCAUGAAUACACCAAGAGCAACGUCAAGUUCCUGCUGACCGUAUCACAAUCGCCGGCCAUCAAGAAGCUCCAGGCUUUCGCCGAGCAGAACGAGAACACACAGGGUGUUCUUACCAUUGGAGAUGAGAAGCUCCACAACGUCUUUAUGAGGGUGAAUAUACAGCAGCUAAUAUAA